UAUCAGCAUCAAACCGUCGAUUUUACAUGUUAUUGUUCGAUGCAUAAAAUGGAUAUUACUUGGGCCUACUCGGCGAUUCUACUAACACUAACCCUUCGAUCCGGCGUAGUGGCCGAAUCCCGCGUAUGCCAAAGGCCACUAGUCAACAGACAACUCGUCUUCAUCUACCAACCCUUAUCCCAGGACAAAGUGCAAGUGUACCGGUGCCGGUACAAGUACCCCGGCAGGGCCUACUCGGACGUAUCCGAUCAAUGUCUAUCGGCUUUGGUGACCCAUCGGUUCGUGGACAAAUGGAACCAAUCGCACGAUUUGAACGAUCCCAAAGCCCCGGUGAUCGUCGAGGAUCAAGUCGCCCGGUACGCCGACCCCGACAGGAACCUUAUACAGCUAAGAUCGCACACGAUCUGCCGGUACGACCGCGGCUUCUGCUACGACCCCCGAGAGUCCCCGGACUACGCGGCGGUGUGGCGCGUGCGCGCCCGCUCCCCGCCCGGCGCCUGCGCCGACCGCCUCCAGCAGAUCUACUUCGGCCCGGCCGACGUCUGGACCUUCCCCGCGGCCAACCAGUCGUACCUGCUGGCGAGCCACUGCUGCAAGGACGAGUCCUUCUACCUGAAGCUGACCGGCCGGACGCGGUGCCGCGGGAAGCCGGCCUGGACGACCGAUCGGCCGGGCCUGGUGGCGUCGCCGGGGCCGCUGCGGGGCGGCUACGUGCCCGCCAAGAAGACCGGCGAGCCGGCGGACCUGCCGAUGCGGUCGAAGCGGCACAACAGCGAGGCCAUCCUGAUGGAUUGCGAUUUGAGCGCGUUCGGCGUGAGGCUGGACGAGGAGUACCUGGAGAGGGCGGGCAACUUGAGGAUCAUCUUCGAGAGUUACAGGGGGUUGAUAGAGGCUAAUAGGAAGUCGACGGGGGAUGUGCGGAAGGUGUUGGAUCGGUAUCGGGCGGUGUUGAACGCCAAAUUUAAAGACUUGAACAGGGUGAAGGUUAUGCUCGGUUUGCUUAUUACUAGAUUCGAUCGAUUCAAUGGUAGUUCAAGCGUUAAUUACACCGACGAUUUGUAUUCGAAAAUGAAGCGAUUGAACGAGAGUUUGGUGGAUUUGAGGAAAUCGAUUAAUCCAAACGAUUGCUACGCGUUAAUCGAUAACGUAAACGCUACAUUUUCGAUUACUGCGAAAAAUAUACAAACCAAAAACGAACAAUCUUUAAAACAACUAACGCAAGAUACCCAAAAAUUAAAUCAAAACACAACGAAGAUAUUCGAACAUUAUAUACACCAAAUCACCGCAAAUCUAACAUCGACCAAAAUCGAAUUAAUCGAUUUAAUCGAUACCACCGCCAAAUCGAAAUCCAUCGAAUUCGAUGCGAAACUCACCAACUACUCCACGAUCAUACUGAACGACAUUUCGCUACACUCCAACAAUUUCCUCCAGAAACUCGACGAACUCCAAAACGAUCUAAAAACAAACUUCACGUAUUUAAAAAACUACACGAAACCCCAACAAAUAUCCCGGCAAAAUCUAACCAGCCUAAACUCAUCGAUUUCUUCCCAAAUAAACCGAACGAAUUUCAAAUUGCAAAAUCUCCAAAACCAAUUAGCAAACUAUGAGAGUUUAAUUGGCGACAAAGUGGACGAUUCGAUUAAGAACGUGAGCAAAUUAUUGGAAUCGAUUCCGGCAGGGAUUAGAAUCGAAAUGCUGGAUAAAAUCGAUUCCGCUGCGAAUAAAACCGGCAGGAAUUGCAGCGAUAAAAUCGCCGCCAGCGAAAAAUCCACCAGGAAACUGAUAGAGCAAUUACGAGGCGAGUUAAUUAGCUUAAUUGAAUCCGGCGACGGGGUGAUUAGCGAGGAAAUUAAUAAAAUAAUCGCUAAAUUAAAAAAUUACGACAUUUUGCGAGAUUCGAUUCGACGCAUCGAAAACGAUUCGAUUGCUGCUAGUCAAUUAACGCAAAAAUCGAUUAAAGAAAUUAAUAACAACCUAACAACCAUUCGUACAAAUUACACGCAACUGGAUAAAAAUAUUUCGGAGAAAUUCGACCAAUUCUCGCUUCUCGUAAUUAAACAAGAAAAUUAUUUCAACGAUUUAAUCAUCAAAAUCAAAUCCAAGAUGGACGCACUGCCUUCGCAAUUGGAUCGAAAAUAUUCCGGGAAUAUCGAUAAAUUAAACGAUUUGGAAAGUAAUUUACGAAGCAAAAUCGGCGAAAUUCGACUGGAAGUUACCGAAAUGGAUCGGAAAAUCGGCGAGAAAUUCAUUAAAAUAGAUUUUAUCGAUUAUUUACGACGGAAUUUAUCAGAUAUAUUCGCGAAAUUGGAGAAUAGAAUUAACGAUAAACAAACCAAUUUAUUGAAAUAUCUGGAUAAACAAACUGUUAAUACAACAAACAAAAUUAAUUGUUUGGAAAACGGAUUAAAUUCAACAAUCGAUUACGUUGCGAUUAUCAACCAAACUUUAAUCGAAACUAACGAUUCUCUUAAAGAAAAAAUCGAUAGUAACGCAGAAAAUAUACAAAAAUUAUACAACAAUUUUAACAAAUUAAACUUCGUUUUUAACAUCACAUCUCUAAUCGAUUCUAAAAUCAAUUCCGCUGCAACUCGAACGGAAUCGAUUCUAGAUACGUUUAAAAUCGAAACAGCCUCGUUGGAUACCGAAAUAAAAAAUUUAAAGAACGAUUUAAUUGCACAGAAAUCAAACUUGAGCGGAGCUAUAGACAAAAACACAAUCGAUAUUAAUCAAUUAAAAAUCGAUUUUAAUGUAUUGGAAACGAAGCAAUUGGAUGAAUCAAAAUCCACGCAACAAACAAUCGAUUUAUUAGUUAAAAACGCUACGAUAAGCGAAAAACGAAUCGAUGAUAACGAAAAAACGAUUAAAGAUCUGGAAAAUCGACUGGAAAAGUUGCAAAAAUCCAAGGAAAUCGACGAAAAACGCUACAAUGAUACUAUUACCGAUUUGCGCGGUUUAAUUAACGAAAAAGGCGAGGAAAUUUUGUACUUAAAACAACAAUUAUCCAAUAUAAAUAAAUGUUGCAACAACCACGAUUUAAAAUUCGCAGAAAAAGAUAAGCAAAUCGAUGAUUUAAAGAAAGAAAUCGAAAAAACAAACAAGGAAAUGAAGAAAAAAAUCGAUAAAAUCAUCAACGAUAUCGGCAUGAUAGAAGAAGUGGAAAUACAGUAAUAACAUUUCCCCAAUUAAUCUAUUAUUAUUAUUAUUAUUAUUAAUACUUAUUAUUAUGUAUAUUUAGUACAUAAGGCCCAUAUUUAGCGCUCUUUUUUUACGUUAAUUAAUUGUUUAAAUGAUCUCUUUGAAUUGACAAUUUUACAUUGUUGUUAUGGAGUAACAAAAGGGCGUUGUUUAAAUUAAAGAGGCUCAUAAAGCAAUUACUUAACGUUAAAAUUAUGGGCCGCAUAGUGAUUAGUUAAGUUUGAAUUAUGUAUACAAACUUAAAUUAUACUCUAAAAAACAACAAAAUUGGAAAAUUGUAUACAACAAAUCACCUCAAAUCUAUCAUUGAUCAAAAUCGAUUUAAUCGAUCUAAUCGAUACCAUGGCCAAUUCGAAAUCCACCGAAUUCAGCUAUUACAGAAUAUAAUAUGGUACAGAAUAUAUCAAUGAGCAGGAAGUUUUCAACUUGUUUUCAUUAGUCCAAUAAA